UUUACUCCUACUAUUUAAACCGCAUCUGAUUCUUCAUUCUUCCUUCCCCUUCUCCUCUCACUCCUCAAGCAAACAUUACAAUGAGCUUCUUCAUCAUCGAAGAUUCUGGUCUCAUCAUCACUCAACUCCUCUACAAAAUGGCUCUCCUAAUCACCGUCCUUAGAUGGAUCUUCUCAUUCAUCUUACGCUACCGAUCCAGAUCUACCUCCUCUGCUCCUUCGAUCUCCUCUCAAGCAAUCAAGGAAAGCCUCUCCGUCACGACGUUCAGCGAGCGGUAUCCUGAAUCGAUCAGCGACACUUGCGCGGUGUGCCUCGGGGACCUGGAAGACGGAGACGAGGUCAGAGAGCUCAGGAACUGUAGCCACGUGUUUCACCGCGAGUGUAUCGACAGGUGGCUUGAUUACGAGUGUGAUGAUGAUAUUAACAACGAAGGGGAGGAAGAUAACCACCGCACGUGUCCUCUCUGUAGAACUCCACUUCUUGCUGCUAAUACGUCGUCGUCGUGUUGUGGAGAAUGGCCGGCGAAGAAUGAACCUAGCUGGGCCGUUGAACGGCUUCUCUACCUAUUCGGAGACGAUCUUCUCAACUGAUUUUUCUUUUUUUUUUCUUUUCAAAUUUAUUUGAUUUUAGGUUGGUCGAUCGUGAUCAGCAGAAAUUAUUUGGUCAAUAUUUGUAAUUUUGUUAAUUUGUAGGAUAUAAUACGGAAUAUGAUAAUAAUAUCUAUUUUUUAAAAAAUUUGUUUUGUGUAUCAGCAAAUCCAUGACUUGGGUAACGUCUAAUUUAAGCGUUACAAGAAAA